GCUUCCGCCCCUUUCAACCGUUCGCAUCUCAUCGGUGUCAACUCCGAGAAAGAUAUUCAGAGAAUACAAGUGCAUCCUGCCUGGCAUCUGCUAGAUGUACAAGCUUGACGAAGGAAAUACAGCACGAAAAAAGCAAAUACAGGAAAGAUAAAAGCACAACAGAGCUUCACAUAUAUUUUUUUCUUGAGUAGCCAGCUUCCCUUCCGUACACAAUUUGCCUUGACCAUGAGAUUUUCAUCCAUUUUCCUCCUUGCCAGUGGUGUUGCUGGAUUUUCUCCAUCCAUCCAGACCGGAAGCCGUCUCGGUGCCCUUUCCGCCAAGCCCAAGGUUUUCAUUGACGGAGAAGCAGGCACAACUGGUAUCCAGGUCAGAAGUCGUCUGGAAAAGCGAGAUGAUUUGGAGAUUAUUUCUCCUCCCUCAGACUUGAGAAAGGAUCCUGAUACUCGAAAACAAUUCAUCAACGAAGCCGAUGCUGUCAUUUUGUGCCUCCCAGAUGAUGCAUCCAUAGAAGCAGCAUCUUGGGUAGAUAAUGACCGAACUGUCCUCAUUGAUGCAUCCACUGCCUUUCGUGUGGCUGAUGAUUGGGUCUAUGGGUUUCCAGAGUUGUGCAAGGAGCAACGGGAGGCUCUGACCACUACCAAAAGAAUUUCAAACCCUGGCUGUUAUCCCACUGGAUUUAUUAGCCUUACACGACCACUCACGGAUGCUGGAAUUAUCCCCGCCGGAACCCCGUUGACAGUCAAUGCCAUUUCGGGAUAUUCUGGAGGCGGUAAGGGACUGAUGAACCUCUAUGAAACAGAAGAACAUGAACCAUGGGGAGCCUAUGGGUUCAGCUUGAAACACAAGCACAUUCCUGAAAUGGCCAAGUACUCUGGUUUGGGCAAGGAACCCAUUUUCCAACCACAAGUAGCAGAUUUCCCACAAGGCAUGGUGGUCAAUAUUCCACUCCAUUACGCGUGGUUGGCAGAAGGAACAACGGGAGAGAAGAUGCACCAAACCCUCAGCAAGCAUUACGAAGGAUCCAACUUUAUUGAAGUCAUGCCCAUGGGCGAGGCAGGAGUCAAGGAAGCCGGAUUGCUGGAGCGAGAUGCUUUCCUUCGUCCUGAUACCCUGAAGAAUACCAAUAAGAUGCAACUGUUUGUCUUUGCCAAUGAUGAAGCUGGACAAGCUGUUCUUUCUGCCCGAUUGGAUAAUUUGGGCAAGGGUGCCAGUGGAGCUGCUGUUCAGAACUUGAACAUUGCCCUUGGCUUGGAUGAAACCACUGGCCUUUAAGUUUAUUAUGUUUGGAGAGAUCAGAUGAAGUAGAAUCUAUGGCUGGCUCUUGAUCAUUUUGACUCAAGCAGAUCAGAUAAAGUAGAAUCUAUGGCUGGAUGUUGAUCAUUUUGACUCAAGCAAUUCCAAUCUCAUCAGGACCAGACAAUUUGCAAAACA